AUGGCUUCUGAAAAUGAAACAAUGAAAUCACCCCUUUAUGGUGAAGUUGGUGGAAGAAGCAAAAGUAGAAAAACCAAAGGUCCUAAGAAACCACCUCAAAGAGGUUUAGGUGUUGAACAGUUAGAGAGAUUGAGAGCUGAAGAAGCACUCAAAAAAAUGGCUGAAGCUUCUGGAGUAUACCACGUCGAUCAUCAUCAUCACCAACAAUAUCAUCAGCAACAACAACAAGCUCUUUUGAGGUAUGGUGCAUUAUCAUCAAAUGUUCCAUUUCAGUUUCCUCAACAACAAAUGAUGAUCAACCAAAACAACAACAAUAGUACUAUUGUCGGUGCUUCUGCUUUUGGUCCUUACAAAAAUGGGUUUGGUAUUGGAACAUGUUCUAACGUUGCUUCAGGUUGGUUUUUACCUAAUAAUCAACAUAACAACAAAGAAAUAAAUCAUCUUGGAUCUGGAUCGUCGCUUCUAAGAAACCCUCUUGAACCCUCUAAAGAUCUCUCUUCAAUGCAAAAUCUCAAGAAAACACGUUUGAACGAAGAAGAAAACGUAAUGAGUGCUUCAAUAUGGUCUAAUCAUGUUCAUGAUUUCCAUAACAAACUACUAUUCAAGCAUGAUGAGAGUGUUGAGGUUGUUGCUGUACAUAGAAGAGGAAAUUCUUCAUCAGGAAACAGCAAAGUUUUCAUGGAAUAUGAGUUUUUCCCAAGAAAAGAUGAAAGAGACACAGUUUCCAAGGAGCAAGAAUUUCCAACCAUUGAUUUUGGGUUUGGUGAAGCUUCUUCUUCUUCAUCUAUCACUGUUAAUACUACACCCUAUGGUGGAGAUUCUUCAAAUGCUUAUGAUUCCAUUGAUUUAUCUUUGAAGCUUUGA